GAAGAUGAAUGGCCUGGGAUGGAGCAGGGUUUCGUAUUGGACGAUGCGUUCAAGUGCGCAAGUCCUUUUGGCGCCGACACUACGUUACAGGUGCCAUUGCGAGAACCCUCGCCCAUCGCAGUUUCCCCACAAGACCUCAUGGACUUUUCAUUUCCCAACGACAACUCGCUUUCGGUUCCAAUUCGAGAAUACGGGUUCCAAGGCGGCAAUGAACCGCCGAGGUUGUCUCCAGUAUCGUCUUCAUAUCAGUCGAUGGCUCCUUUGCAGAACGUGUCCUAUGAAAUGCCAACUACGAGUGUGGAGGAGUCCUAUAAUUCAUUUGAGCAGCCCUCUAUGGUCGUCAAUGGGCAUUAUCAGUCCAUUGAACAACAGAUAAUACAACCGCAACAAGGAUAUUAUCAGGUACGUGCGAUUUAUGACUACCUGUUUUGA